UAUUCCUAUUCCAUAUAAAUUGACCAUUCCUCCAAUCCUCCUUCCCACACCAUUGCCAAAAAAAAUUCACACACACACACACACUGAAUUACACUUUCACCAGUUAUAAACCACACCUUCAUCUUCACCGACUCACCACCGCCAUCUACACUCUCAUCGGUCAUUUUUGUCUGUGUCCAUAUGUGCCUAAAACCGGCCAUUGACGUUUUCUUUUUUGUUUAAAAGUGUUGUCAAACAGUAUACAAUAAACUAAUCAGUUUUUUUUUUUUUCAACUUCCGUAGACUUUCAACUGUUCCUUUUUUUGACCCGUGAACAAGUAAGAAAACCCGUAUAUUAUACGGGUCUAUUCCUCGGAUCUUCUUUGAUCCUUCACAAAAUAUUCUCUCUCUUUUUUUUUUUUUUCCAAUAGCAGGAACUAAUUCGUUUACUGUUGCGUUUGUUUCUUUUGUAGAUCUGAAUUUGUUUAAAAUUCCAUGUGUUGAAGAAAAGAAAAUUCAUUAUUUUUAUUUAUGGCUGGAGCAGCAGCGAAGCAUGUGAAUAACCCGGUAAUGGCGGCGACUAAGAACCGACCCGGUUGCUGUAAUCCGGUGAAGAAGACCGGCCCGGUUUCAAUGGACCACGUAUUAUCAGCAUUAAGGGAGACUAAGGAAGAAAGGGAUUUAAGAAUUAGGAGUUUGUUCAGUUUUUUUGAUUCCGACAAUGUGGGUUACUUGGAUCAUGUGAAAAUUGAAAAGGGGUUGUUUGCUAUGCAAAUUCCAGUGGAUUAUAAGUUUGCUAGGGAAUUGUUGGCGGAGUGUGAUGGAAAUAAGGAUGGGAGGGUGGAUUAUUCGGAGUUUAGAAAAUAUAUGGAUGAUAAAGAGCUGGAGUUGUAUAGGAUUUUUCAGUCUAUUGAUGUUGAGCAUAAUGGGUGUAUCUUGCCUGAGGAACUUUGGGAUGCACUUGUAAAAGCUGGGAUAGAAAUAGAUGAUGAUGAACUUGCACGUUUUGUGGAACAUGUUGAUAAGGAUAAUAACGGGAUUAUCACUUUCGAAGAAUGGAGGAAUUUUCUUCUACUUUAUCCACAUGAGGCCACCUUGGAGAAUAUUUACCGGUACUGGGAGAGGGUAUGUCUUGUAGAUAUUGGUGAACAGACUGUCAUACCCGAAGGCAUCAGUAAGCAUGUUCAUGCAGCUAAAUAUUUGAUUGCUGGGGGAGUUGCAGGAGCUACUUCUCGUACCGUCACAGCUCCCCUUGAUCUGCUAAAGGUGAUUUUACAAGUUCAGACUGCUCGUGUCUCUCUUGGUUCUACUGUCCGAGAAAUAUGGAAGGAUGGUGGUAUAUUGAGGUUUUUUAGGGGCAAUGGACUAAAUGUGAUGAAGGUUGCACCUGAAAGUGCAAUCAAGUUUUACUCGUACGAAAUGUUGAAGAAUGUCAUUGCUCGUACCAAAGGCGAGGAACAGGGUGACAUUGGAGCUUCUGGACGUCUUGUGGCUGGGGGCAUGGCUGGUGCAGUAGCACAGACUGCUAUCUAUCCCAUGGAUCUUGUUAAGACCCGGUUACAAACUCAUGUAAGUGAAGGUGGAAAGGUUCCCAGCCUGGGAAAACUAUCAAAAGAAAUAUGGAUUAAGGAGGGGCCUCGGGCCUUUUAUAAAGGGCUGGUACCAUCUCUUCUUGGAAUUAUACCUUAUGCAGGCAUUGAUUUGGCUGCCUAUGAAACGUUGAAGGAUUUGUCCAGGAUAUAUAUUCUUCAUGAUAGUGAACCUGGCCCUCUUGUGCAACUCGGUUGUGGAACAAUUUCUGGAGCUCUUGGAGCAACAUGUGUUUAUCCUUUGCAGGUCAUAAGAACGAGAAUGCAAGCUCAACCUACAAAUACUAAUGCUGCUUACAAUGGAAUGUCUGAUGUGAUCCGAAGAACACUUAAUGAUGAAGGUCGCCGGGGCUUUUACAAAGGACUCUUUCCGAAUCUUCUGAAAGUAGUGCCAGCAGCAAGCAUUACUUAUCUUGUUUAUGAAUCCAUGAAAAAGAGUCUAGAUCUCUCUUAGGUAGUGUAUAAUCUGGGAAGGUUUCUCCCCAUUCGAGGUUAAAACAGCUGAUGGGCAAGGACAACGGUGAUGGUGAUGAAAAUGAAUUAGAUUUAUUAGUCUCAUUGGUGAUAUGAUUGUUUGAAUCAUACACCUGAUUUUUACUUGUCAAAAAAAAAAAACACUUAAUUGAAUACCCCCCAUUGGAUAUUGAAGAAAAUUUUAACAGGAGUUUUGUUCUUUGCCUGACAGAAUAACUAUGCUGGCAAUUGAGAAUAGUCUUCAUUUGGAUAUUUCUAUCCAGAUUAUAGGAAUAUCCUCUGUAAACUAAUUGUAACUCACACACACAAUGUAAGGUGUAGACCUUCCAUUUUUGGCUAUAUGAAUGAUCAGAUCAAACUCAUUUUGGACCA